CUCAGAUUUCAGUGUCUCUUCCGCGCUUGAAAAAUGGCAUCAAGUGGUGAAAACAACUCCAAGGCACUUUUCCCGUUAGUUUACGAUUUUUUGAAAGAAUAUUGUCAAGAUGUUGCCGAGAGUUUCAAGAAAAAGUUAAAAACGAAACCACCUCCACAAGAUUCACCAAAGCUUCAACAAAUAUAUGGACAGUGGUCUGCUGAAAAGUUAGGAGAGAAGAGAAAACUGAUAAAUUCCAACGGAUCUCCUGCAGUUAAGAAAGCGAAGAAAGAGUCGUCUUCGGAUGAUUCAUCAAGUGAUUCUGAUGAUGAUGCACCCAAACAAACUAAAAGGGUUCGAGAAAGUGACUCAUCAGAUUCUGAUGCUAAACCAGGGAAAAAGACGAAAACAAUGCCACAAGCAAAAACAGCAGGCAUAAAAGGCACUAAGAAAGCUAAAGCGUCCAAAGUAGGAAGCGGAACAUCUGAUUCUGAUUCAGACUCAGAAAGCUCUGAUGUUGAAGAUGUUAAACCUAAAGCAAAGAAAUCACCUGUAAAAAAGGCAGUAAAGAAGACCAGUGAUUCGAGUAGUUCAUCAGAUUCAGAAGACGAAAAGAAAGAAUCUAAGAGCAAUACAUCAUACAAUGCAGUACCUCCACCAUCUUCAACGAACAAAAGUAAAUGCGGUACAAAAAAUGGACGGAAACAAGACCAGAACAAGAAAACUCCAGUAAAGAAAGCAUCAAGCAGUUCAAGCUCUGAUUCUUCAGAUUCUUCAGAAGAAGAACAAAAAGCAAAAACUGCAACACCCAAAGUAGGUGCUAAAAUAAAUGGAAAAGCAACUCCAAAGAAGAAGGCUGACAGCUCAAGCAGUUCCUCUGAUUCAUCUGAUGAGGAGCCUGCUAAGAAAACUGCAACUCCCAAAUCAGCUGCUAAGCCUGCUGCAACUAAACCUGUAACACAGAAGAAAAAAGCUGAAAGUUCCAGCAGUGAUUCGUCAGAUUCAUCUGAUGAAGGACCAGCUAAGAAAAUUGCAACACCCAAAUCAGCUGCUAAACCAGUUACACAGAAGAAGAAAGCUGAGAGUUCCAGCAGUGAUUCUUCAGAUUCCUCUGAUGAGGAACCUGCUAAGAAAACUGCAACUCCCAAAUCAGCUGCUAAGCCUGCUGCAACUAAACCUGUAACACAGAAGAAGAAAGCUGAGAGUUCUAGCAGUGAUUCUUCAGAUUCAUCAGAUGAGGAACCUGCAAAGAAAGCAGUGACUCCCAAAUCAGCUGCUAAGCCUGCUGCAACUAAAAUGACAACACCUGCAAAGAAGAAAGCUGAGAGUUCUAGCAGCGACUCUUCAGAUUCAUCAGAUGAGGAACCUGCAAAGAAAGCAGCGACUCCCAAAUCAGUUGCUAAGCCUGCUGCAACUAAAAUGACAACACCUGCAAAGAAGAAAGCUGAGAGUUCUAGCAGUGAUUCAUCUGAUUCUUCUGAUGAGGAACCUGCUAAGAAAACUGCAACACUCAAAUCAGCUGCUAAGCCUGCUGCAACUAAAAUAACAACACCUGCAAAGAAGAAAGCUGAGAGUUCUAGCAGCGAAUCAUCUGAUUCAUCCGAUGAAGAACCUGCUAAGAAAGCAGUGACACCUAAAGUAAGCACCUCUGGUAAAUCAACACCUGCAAAGAAGAAAGCUGAGAGUUCUAGCAGUGACUCUUCUGAUUCUUCUGACGAAGAGCCUGCAAAGAAAACCGCAACACCGAAAUCAGCUUCUAAACCUGCUGCAACUAAACCAGUCACACAGAAGAAGAAAGCAGAGAGUUCCAGCAGUGAUUCCUCUGAUUCAUCUGAUGAAGAACCUGCUAAGAAAACUGCAACACCCAAAUCAGCUGCUAAGCCUGCUGCAAGCAAAGCUGCAACACAGAAAAAGAAGGCUGAAAGUUCAAGCAGUUCCUCUGAUUCAUCUGAUGAGGAACCUACAAAAAAAACCGCAACACCCAAAUCAACUGCAAAGCCUGGUGUAACCAAAGGUGCAGCACAGAAAAAGAAGGCGGAAAGUUCAAGCAGUUCCUCUGAUUCAUCUGAUGAGGAACCUACAAAGAAAACCGCAACACCCAAGUCAACUGCAAAGCCUGCUGUAACCAAAGCUGCAGCACAGAAAAAGAAGGACGAAAGUUCUAGCAGCGAUUCAUCCGAUUCAUCAGAUGAGGAACCUGCAAAGAAAGCAGUAACACCAAAAGCAGGCACCCCUGGUAAAUCAACACCUGCAAAGAAGAAAGCAGAGAGUUCUAGCAGUGACUCAUCAGAUUCAUCAGACGAAGAACCUAGCAAAAAAUCAAACACUCCCAAGGUAGUAAAAAAACAAACUCCUUCCAAACCCACACCUUCUAAAAAACAGAAAGAGGUUAGUUCCAGUAGUAGUGAUUCAUCAGAUGAAGAAGCAACAAAGAAACCCACAACUCCUAAGGUAACGCCAAAAGCAGCAAGUGCUGCCAAAAAGAACAACAGCUCAAGUCAAGCCACGCCUAAAGUGAAACAAGACAGUUCUAGUAGUGAUUCCUCAGAUUCGUCUGACGAGGAUGAAAAGCAACCUAAAAAAACUUCCAAAGCUGGAGCAGGCACCAGCGGCAAAGCCGUGAAUGCAAAGAAAAAGGCAGACAGUUCCAGUAGUGACUCUAGUUCUUCAGACUCGAAUGAUUCGGAGGGGGAUUCUAAAAAGAAAACUCCAGCAAGCAAGAGCAAAUCCAAGGCUCCCACGACCUCCACCCCCAUUAUGAAUGGUGUCGUGAAUGGAUUUGGAUCAGAUGAUGAUUCGGGAGUGUACACCUCUAACAAGGAGGAGAAUUCUGAUAAUUCUUCAAAACAAAAGACCGAUACAGGGUCUGCGAAAAUGACCAAGGCGAAUAAUACCCCUAAUAGUGAUAAAAAGAAAAGCACCAACACCCCCUUUAGGAGAGUGCAGGCUGAAAAAAUUGCGGUGGAUCCAAGGGUGGCGGACAAUUCAUUCGAAGCUAAGAGGGGAGCUUCAGGUUCCUGGGGGGAGAGAGCCAACCGUGACCUCAAGUAUACACAGGGCAAAUCAUUCAGGCAUGAAAAGACCAAGAAAAAGAGGGGAAGUUACGCAGGAGGAGCCAUCGAUACCAAUGUGUAUUCCAUCAGAUUCGACAGCGAGUAGAAAAUAACAAGAAGGAGACAUCAUGCUGGAUUUCUUAUUGUACAUAUCGAGCUCUUUAUCUCUUGUUAAUGAUAUUUCAUUUGCACAAAAUAUUUUUGAGCUGAAUUUAUGUUGCAGUGUAAAUUCUUUGACAGUACAGGUAAUGGCUUGAUGCCGUAAUAUAAUUGUUGUUACAAAAGUCCACAAAAUAUGGUGUGCUGGAAAUGCUGAAUGGACUGUUGCAAGAAAUAAGGUUCACUCCAAAAGCUUUUUGUAAAAGGGUCUUGUUUGAGAAUUGUUGUAACUUGGUUGUACAUGAAUGACUUCUAUUGAUCUGUGUUUGAAGAUAGAAAAAAAAAUUUGAAACAUGGGUGAUAAUUGUAUUGGUUUCAGAAUCUGCCUUAUGUACAUGUAUUUUUAAUUUUGUACUUAUGAAUGAGCCAUGAUUCACAGACACUUAAUUUUUGUAAAGACUUGCUGUAAACCAAUUUAUAUUAAAGUGAUAGACAAUUUUGCAGGGUUGGUGGUAACCAGAGGCUUGUCAUAUUUCUUUAAGUAGACCAAAUCUCUAACAUGAUAUCUUGUUUUUAUUUUUCUUACUGAAAGAGGCCACUGCUGAUCAGUAGUCGGGGUGAACCAAUACUGUAUACAGGGAAGUAUUCGCCCCGGUUUUUUUCCGCCUCUUUCGUCCUUGUAAGCAGGCGAAUUAAAGACUGGGCGAAUUCCUAUGUGUCAAUCCAUCUUAUUCACAACUUUGUCUGGGCUAAUUCAAGACUGGGCGAAACCGUUUGGAAGUGAAAAAGGGCAAAAAUAACCCUGUAUACAAUAUACUAUAUACUAAUCAGAAAGUAGAGUCGUCAUAAAGUUGGUUUACAGUAUUGCGUUUUAAAACAUCAAAUGUAAUAGGCGAAAGUAAUAAGCGAAAGCCGUUUUUAUGGACUUAAUUUUGUAGUGAUUUCAAUUGCAGAUUGACAUGACCACAAUAUUUUGAAGGUUAAAGGUCAUGGCUAGAUUCUGUAGGAGAUUUAAAUGAUGUUGAAGGCUCUUCCUUUGGCAACCUUUUGCUUUGUUCUUCUUUUUCUGCAUAACUUUGCUAGACAUAUUUGUGGCUAAUUAUGUUACUUGGGUGAUUUGACUUCACUUGUGUUCACUGUUAUAAAAUGUUUUGACUGAUUUUUAGAAUUGUUGAAUUUUAUUUGUUACGAUAACACUGUAUUUUUUUUUUUAUCAGAACCAACAUCAAGAUCAGAAAUGAUCAGUAGGAUAUGUAUAAAACUGAAUUAUGAAAAAAGUCAUGCAUGACAAAAUCAUAUGGCAAAAUAUGGCAUGUAUAUGAACCUGAUAAGCCUCCCAACAUGUAUAUGAACCUGAUAAAGCCUCCCAACAUGUAUAUGAACCCAUCUGAGCCUUCCCUUCACAAGGUCUGUCGGAGGGGUAUGUGAAGAGAUCAUUGAUUGUUCGUAUGAUGGAAAUCUGGGAAGUUGGAAGCAAUGAGAGAUAUGUCAUAAUGUAUGUUUCUUUAUACAUAUUUGUUUUGUUAUUGUCACCCAUGAAUUUUUAUUGAAGCAUUGAUUUAUGUGCAUCACUGCUGACAAAUUUGUUAUGAUGAAGUUUUGAGUUGCUGAUAGCUGAAUCACACCUGUGCACUGGUAAUUUGUUGGAGUAUUUUAAAGACACUCUGUUUUCUACCAUAGAAACAUAUGAUGUAUAAAAUGAGGUUGUUGCACUUUAUUUUGAGAUGUAUCAGAGAUAACUUAUGCUAGAUCUUUCCAUCAAUAUGAAAUACAUGUACCGGUAUCCUUGUAUCAAAUAUUAAGAUCUCUCUGGAUAAAAAUAAACCCUUACAAUGAG